GGCGGAGCCCCGGGGAUCCACUCGCCCAGCGCCGGCCCCUGCACUCCGAGCCGCGGCCACCACCCGCCCCGCAGCCAACUUGGGGCCGAAACUUCUUCGGGUCCCGCGCUCCGGAGGAGAGCGCGCAGCCCUGCGACGACCGACGGCGGCGCCCCUAGCCGGGCGCCCUGGGCCCAGGGCCUCCCUCCGGCUCGGCCGCGGGCUCCGCUCCCCGACUGCCCCCGCCCGCUGAGCUCGGGGGUCCCGGGCGCCGAGCAGGGAGCACCCUCCCUCCCCCAGCCGGCGACAGCAGGGUGCGCGGACUCCGAGACUCAGGACCGCCCCGGGAGGAGGGGCGUUGCGCGGGGCCCGCGGAGGCUGCCCCCGCAUCUGGGGGACCGAGCAGACGCGCCGGCGGGACCCCCGGAGGGGAGCGCGCCGGUCCGCGCCGCCAGCCCCGCGCCGGGCGGCGGAUGACGAGGCCAGCGCGGCGGCCCGAGCGGCCCGCUCGCUGAGAGGAGUAGGCAGGGUCUGCCCUGGGCGCCCCCGGCGGGGCAGGGGUCCCCCGACCGCGCGCCGCCGCGCCCGGCCGACCCAGCGCAGCCGGGCGCUGGAAGAGCCGGGCCGAGCCGAGCGGCGAGCCGGAGCCCGCGGGCCUGCCGGGCGGCGCGACAUGCAGGGAGCCCCAUUUCGGAAGCCGACCGCCCCCGGGGUCUUCCCAGGGCACUGGGGGGGGCCGAGGCCGAGGCCAACCAUGGCCAGCCUCCUGCUGCUAGCCGCCGCUCUGCUGUCCAGCUGGGCCCAGCUUCCGGCCGAAGCCAGCUCCUGGUGGUCAUUAGCUAUGAGCCCGGUGCAGAGACCCGAGAUGUUUAUCAUCGGUGCCCAGCCCGUGUGCAGCCAGCUUCCUGGGCUUUCCCCUGGCCAGAGGAAGCUGUGCCAACUGUACCAGGAGCACAUGGCCUACAUCGGGGAGGGAGCCAAGACGGGCAUCCAGGAGUGCCAGUACCAGUUUCGCCAGCGGCGGUGGAACUGUAGCACGGUGGACAACGCGUCCGUCUUUGGCAGAGUCAUGCAGAUAGGAAGCCGGGAGACCGCCUUCACGUACGCAGUGAGCGCCGCGGGGGUGGUGAACGCCAUCAGCCGGGCCUGCAGGGAGGGUGAGCUCUCCACGUGCGGCUGCAGCCGGACAGCGCGGCCCAAGGACCUUCCCCGGGACUGGCUGUGGGGCGGCUGCGGGGACAAUGUGGAGUACGGCUACCGCUUUGCCAAGGAGUUCGUGGAUGCCCGCGAGCGGGAGAAGAACUUUGCCAAGGGCUCGGAGGAGCAGGGCCGAGUGCUCAUGAACCUGCAGAACAACGAGGCGGGGCGGAGGGCUGUGUACAAGAUGGCGGACGUGGCCUGCAAAUGCCACGGCGUCUCGGGGUCCUGCAGCCUCAAGACGUGCUGGCUGCAGCUGGCCGAGUUCCGCAAGGUGGGGGACCAGCUGAAGGAGAAGUACGACAGCGCGGCCGCCAUGCGCAUCACCCGCAAGGGCAAGCUGGAGCUGGUCAACAGCCGCUUCAACCAGCCCACCCCGGAGGACCUGGUCUACGUGGAUCCCAGCCCGGACUACUGCCUGCGCAACGAGACCACGGGCUCGCUGGGCACGCAGGGCCGCCUGUGCAACAAGACGUCGGAGGGCAUGGACGGCUGCGAGCUCAUGUGCUGCGGCCGCGGCUACGACCAGUUCAAGAGCGUGCAGGUGGAGCGCUGCCACUGCAAGUUCCACUGGUGCUGCUACGUCAAGUGCAGGAAGUGCACGCAGAUCGUCGACCAGUACGUCUGUAAAUAGCCAGCGGGGGGCGCUCUUCCGGCCGCUUCUCCACUCUGCCUCACAAAGUUUAUAUUAUAUAAAUCUAUAUAAAUCUAUUUUAUAUUUGUAUAAAUAAAGGGAUGGAUGAUAAAUAAUUAAAAGAAGAAAAUGGAAAGGAAAAGCUUAUUUAAGAGACGCUGCUGGAGAUGUUUGAGGAUUGCACUGUGCCGGGGCGGGGCGCGGGGCAGGGGCUUUCCCCCCUCCCUCAGGACGUCGGGACUUGGGGCUAGUCGCUGUCUAUCCACCGUGGCCUUGAGGAGUGGCGGGUAGAUGGAGAAGAUGAUUUUGUCUGGAGUCUGCCGGCCGGAUGACCGCCCUGUGACCCCCGUCAUUAGGCCAGGAGGCCUGCGCAAGGUGGCAGGAACUGCGCUUACACCAUCCCGUCUUCAGGGUCUUGUCCAGAAUACGGAUUGGUUCCGGAAGAGGCCCGGUAUUUUCUUCCCCUUUCACUCGUGUGCAUCCCGGCAGAACCCACAGUUACAGGAAUGAGCAGAGGUCGAUGUCAUCUCUGACAGGUGACCACACAGAGGGACCCGCGCCUCCCCAGACUCCCAGGCCUAUCUGUCCAGCGAGAAUGUCUGUCCCUCCACAGUUCACUAGGUCCUGCCAACGGUUCCCUGAACCGAGGGGAAAGGGGGUCAACUGGCCUGACGUGUUAGGAGAGAGAUGAACUGAAUGUUUGUGCCGGAGCCGUCGUCGAGAGCCAGGAGCGUCCCUGGAGCGAGUGAACGUUGCACUGUGCUCCCAUGGGGAGAGGAAACGGGGUGCUGCUGCAGUCACUUCCUCCACCACGGGGCCCCCCGAGCGACAGGAGGUGCGGCCAGCUCAGGCUCGGCUGGCCUGGCACGCUCUUUCCAUCUCUGCCCCGGAUGUACAGUGUCUCUCUGACAUUAAAUACCCUUCACUGGA